AUGGCAAAGCUGUGUAUCUUCAUCCGUCAUAAGUUUUCACAUCUGGCAAUCGAAACUCUCGAAGAUUUGACGCUAUAUUUUUAUAUUGCAUGCGGUGUCGCUGGCGGUGCGCUUAUCUUACUUUUUAUUUUGGUGAUCGUCCUAUUCGUAAAAGUAAAUCGAUUAGCUGGGGAUGGGUCCAACCAACUAAACAGGCAGACGAACAUGAUGGCGGAUUUUUGUUAUACCAAUCCUACAAUUGUGCCAGGAGAAUUACUCUCUCGCCGUGGCUUUUCCAUGUAUAGCGGAGCCGAUAACUUCGAUGAGGAUUUCGGCAAGAACAAAAACGUUCAUUAUGGGACUUACAACGAGGCUCGAUCGAAAUUCUGAUAUAUCGAAAUCGAAAUAAUCAACCAUAUUAAGUGAUUAAUCGAGUCAUUAGUGCAUUUAUUUAUGUCAAUUAAUCGAUUAUUGAUUAAAUCAAAUGGAGAUUAAGUAAAACUUAUAAGUAAAUCUUAGCUUAGUUUUUAGUUAUAUUUAAUUAUUAUUAAUUUCCCUUAAUGUGCAUAUUUCGUCAUGUAGCUUAUUGCGAAAUUACGUGUUCAAAGUUUAAUUUUUCUUAGUGACUUUAUGUAAAUAUUAAAUAUCUAUUAUAUGAAGUAAAAAUUAAGUUUAUUGCGAUAAUAUUUCUUAUAUAGUCCCCGAAAUAUGUUGAAAAUAUCGACAAUGUUUCACUGUGGCAUAAAGUUACAUUUAAAGUUAGAGUUUGAUAAAUAAAUAUUUAUUACACAUAAAAAUACUUAUGAUUUUGAUUGAUGUCUAUCUACUUUAUCGGUCACUCGAAUCGCCGACAAAGCUGAACGUUUACUGGAAAAUAUCCAGAUGUCUCCAUAUAUUGUACUUUUGCGCCACAGAGAAAUUACAUACACACGGUACUCUAAAAAAUUAUCGCAUUAAUUUUUCCAAGACUGCAAUUAAUUCUGGAGAAUUCUUUAUCAUGCAUAAUUCUGACAUUAUUUUGCAAUAAAUAAAAAAAAUGCUGGAAUGCUUUAUAAAAUGUGCCCUAGCCGACUUUGAUAGAUUUUGUAAUACAAAAUAAUUUGCCCAUUGUGAAGAUUUAGCCAACACAGAUUAUGAUAAUAUAAUAUAAUUAAUAUAUAAUUAAAAUGCAGUACCAAAGAGAUAACGCUCUGCUUUAAAUCUUAAAUACAUCAUGUAUAUUGGAAAAUAGUUAAUUACACUCUUAUUAGGUUUUAUACUUUUAUUAAGUUGACAUUUUAGUAGAAGAUUUUCAUGAGUUUAGUUUUUAUAAUAUUUAUUAUAUGGUAGUAUAAAUAAUAUGAAUAUAAUAUAUAAUAAAGAAAUAUUUCUGACUGAAUUAAAUUUAAUAGACUCGAAGAGACGAUCAAACUUCUAUGCGAAUUAAAUCUAAUUAUUAAAUUGUAAAUAAAAAUCUAAGAGACUUUUUAUUUAUGGAACGAAAUUCACAAAUAUGUUAUAUAUGCACUUACGGUAUAAAUAAUUAUUUUCCAGUCUACAUGUUAAACACAUAUUCUUGUAUGUUUUGUAUUGUUUACUAGUUGUUAUUAAUUUAAAUAUAUAUAAAUAUAUAUUAAAUGUGUGUGUAUUUUGUGCCAUGUGUGUUUUACUUCAAUACUCAAGAAAAAAGAAAAUUCUAUUCUAUCCAAUU